AGAAUAAGCUACUCGUUCUUCGAAGUUCAAACGACAUGAAGCUGGCUUGAUGAAAAAGAAAACACCAACCCUUCCCCGGCUUCAUUGUCCCAGCCAAACACAAAUACUCCCACUCACCUCCGACGAAUAGCUUUCCGGCGAACAUAACCAAACCAAACCAGAAUGUUCAGAAACCAAUAUGACACCGACGUCACAACAUGGUCGCCAGUAGGGCGGUUAUUUCAGGUAGAGUACGCUAUGGAGGCAGUCAAGCAAGGAUCCGCAGCCAUUGGUCUCCGAUCCAAAACUCACGUCGUUCUCGCCUGCGUCAACAAAGCCAAUUCCGAACUUUCGUCGCAUCAGAGGAAGAUUUUUAAGGUUGAUGAUCAUAUUGGUGUCGCCAUUGCUGGUCUAACUGCUGACGGUCGUGUUCUGUCGCGGUAUAUGAGAUCGGAAUGCAUCAAUUAUGGAUAUACUUACGAGUCUCCUCUUCCUGUUGGCCGUUUAGUUUAUCAGUUGGCGGAUAAAGCUCAGGUCUGCACCCAGCGUUCAUGGAAACGACCUUAUGGUGUGGGACUGCUGGUUGCUGGGUUGGAUGAAUCUGGGGCCCAUCUCUACAACAACUGUCCCAGUGGCAAUUACUUUGAAUAUCAAGCUUUUGCCAUUGGAUCCCGCUCACAAGCUGCAAAAACAUACUUAGAACGCAAGUUUGAGAAAUUCACAGAAUCUUCUCGAGACGAUCUUGUCAAGGAUGCGUUGUUUGCCAUAAGAGAGACUUUGCAAGGUGAAAAACUCACCAGCUCUGUAUGCACGAUUGCUGUUGUUGGUGUUGGAGAAGCGUUCAACAUAUUGGACCAAGAAACUGUACAAGCAUUGAUUAAUGAGUUUGAGAUUUCUGGUGAAGAAGCACCUAUAAAUGAGAGUGUUGCAGAGCAAUCUGUCGGCGAUGACCAGAGAAGUGCUGCUGCUGAGGAGGCGGCUCCUAUGGAUAUUUGAGGACUGCGGGUGUUUCGUUGAUCUUACUGUUUGAUCUAGAAGUUAAUAUGGACAUAAUGUUUUUACCUCUUAAAAUCUCUUAAUUGCAGUUUCUUUUGAGUUUCUAUUUCAAUGAUGGGACCUUUUGAGCUCUUAAUUGAAACACUAUAUUGAUUUGCAAUUGAAAAGAAUUACGUG